UUAAUAUGGGAGCGGAGCACGAGAUCGAAGUACAUCCGCCGGUGAGGUUAUCUCGGACCCUUCUCUCCCAAAAGAUUAGAGAUUCUUAUAGGGAAUAGUGGGAAUAGUCGAGAAAGCGAGCGGGAAAAAGGUAAAAGCAGCGACAUAGAAACAUGCUUGGUCCGAUAAAGGCCGCGAUUGGAGAUGCAGUGCUCACCUUUAUGUGGGUCUUCUGCGCAUCCACGCUUGGAUUAGCCACUAGCAUGAUAACAGCAUCACUCGGUCUUCAGCAUCUGUCCUUCAAUGGUCUUAAUUACGCAUCAAUUCUCAUCACCACUUUCCUUGUCUUUACCCUCGUCUUUAUCUUCACCAUCGUCGGGAAUGCCUUGGGUGGUGCUACCUUCAACCCCACCGGCACUGCUGCCUUUUAUGCCGUUGGUCUCGGCUCGGACUCCCUUUUCUCCAUGGCCCUACGUUUUCCUGCUCAGGCGUUAGGUGCUGCGGGUGGUGCUGUGGCAAUCAUGGAGGUGAUGCCGCCGAAAUUCAAACACUUGAUCGGCGGACCUUCGUUGAAGGUUGAUUUGCAUACUGGAGCUAUUGCUGAAGGGGUUCUGACAUUUGUGAUCACUCUGGCUGUUCUUUUUAUCAUACUCAGGGGUCCUCGUAACGAAUUGUUGAAGACUUGGUUGCUGGCUAUGUCUACCGUGGUUCUGGUCAUGGCUGGCUCUGCUUACACCGGCCCCUCUAUGAAUCCUGCCAAUGCGUUUGGUUGGGCAUACGUAAACAACUGGCACAAUACAUGGGACCAAUUCUAUGUGUACUGGAUUUGCCCCUUCAUUGGAGCAAUAGUAGCUGCUUGGGUGUUUCGAAUUCUGUGUCCCCCACCAGCACCAGUUAGGAAACAGAAGAAAGCCUGAAGAGGCCCGCUAGAUUUGGUUGUGUUAGCUUUAUAUAUUGAUAAGCUCCAUGUUUAUUUGUUGGGACCCUUUUUCUUUCCUCCUCCUCUUGUUCCCCUUCCUUCUCCCUUCUCUUCUCUUGUUGCUGUUGGGACUCCAGCUGAUCUUCAUUCAAUAACAAGUUGUGUUUAGCCAAUCCAUACAUUUGUGCUGAAUUGAUGCCUUUUUUCUU